GCCCUGGAGCGGAUCCCCAGGGCGGUUGCGGGGAGCUGAGCUCAGGGGGCAGCGGUCCCAGCUCGUCCUGCCUGGCCGGGACAUCUGCACCUAUUGGAUUCCCUGGAGGAGGCAGCGCGAGGGGUUGUUUAUUUCAAAAUGACUUCCAUGUUGAGCCGCGCUAUCAGAAGCCUCCCUGCUACUUCCACAUGGGCUGUCAGAUUCUCUGUAAGAUCCUUCAGCUGCUCCCCUCUGUCACAUGCCACAGUCCAGCCCAAGAGUAAGAAAACCUUAGCCAAAAAUGGUGUGAAGAAUAUUGUUGUGGUCGAUGGGGUCCGCAUUCCAUUUUUACAGUCUGGCACCUCAUAUGCAGAUCUGAUGCCGCACGACUUGGCCAGAGCCUCACUGCAAGGGUUGCUGAACCGGACCAGCGUCCCGAAGGAGGUUGUCGAUUACAUUGUUUAUGGCACAGUUAUCCAGGAGGUGAAAACAAGCAAUAUUGCUAGAGAGGCUGCCUUGGGAGCUGGCUUCUCUGACAAAACUCCAGCCCACACGGUCACUAUGGCUUGCAUCUCUUCAAACCAAGCUAUGACCACAGGUGUUGGUCUGAUUGCAUCUGGCCAGUGUGAUGUGGUGGUAGCUGGUGGUGUGGAGUUAAUGUCGGAUGUUCCCAUUCGUCACAGCAGGAAGAUGAGGAAGACUCUGCUCUCCUUUAACAGGGCCAAGAGCCUGGGCCAGAGGCUGGCUCUGGUUGCUAAAAUCCGUCCUGAUUACUUUGCCCCAGAGCUCCCAGCAGUAGCAGAGUUUUCCACCAGUGAGACCAUGGGACACUCAGCAGACCGGUUGGCUGCUGCCUUUGCUAUCUCCCGUGUGGAACAAGACGAGUAUGCCCUGCGUUCCCACACUUUGGCCAGGAAAGCCCAGGAUGAGGGGCUGCUCAGUGACGUGAUACCCUUCAAAGUGCCAGGCAAAGAUACUGUUAUCAAAGAUAAUGGAGUCCGUCCAUCCUCCAUGGAGCAGAUGGGUAAACUGAAAGCUGCUUUUGUCAAACCUUAUGGGACUGUCACAGCUGCCAACUCCUCCUUCCUGACGGAUGGUGCUUCGGCAGUUCUGAUUAUGUCUGAGGAGAAGGCUCUGGCGAUGGGCUACAAACCAAAGGCCUACCUAAGGGAUUUUGUGUACGUGUCCCAGGAUCCAAAGGACCAGCUCCUGCUGGGGCCAACGUAUGGGACUCCCAAAGUGUUGGAGAGGGCUGGUCUAACACUGGCUGAUAUUGAUGUGUUUGAAUUUCAUGAAGCUUUCGCUGGGCAGAUUUUGGCUAACCUGAAAGCUAUGGAUUCGGAUUGGUUUGCACAAAACUACAUGGGCAGAAAGUCUAAGGUUGGAGCCCCACCUCUGGAGAAGUUCAACAAGUGGGGGGGCUCCCUGUCUCUGGGGCACCCUUUUGGUGCCACUGGCUGCCGUUUAGUGAUGACUGCAGCUCACAGGCUGAAGAAGGAAGGAGGGCAGUACGGUGUGGUUGCUGCCUGUGCUGCGGGAGGCCAGGGCCAUGCAAUGAUUGUGGAACUUUACCCCCAGUAAGAGAACAAGGAACUGCUGAAUGGAUCUGGCCGUGUUCUGUGCCAGGCAGUGCCAUUUCAAUGCACUAAUAACAUAUCUGUGAUCCUUCUUGGAAAGGAUUCCUGGUGGCCUUUGUAAAUAUCUUCUCGUUACCCUGUCAGUGAUCUGGACCAAAUUAACGCUCUGUCGAAUACACCACCAAACAGUUAGCGUGGCUCUUAGGCCUGUUGGGGUCCUGCAGUUAACCAAAACUUUAUAAACAGGGGCUUUCUUAUGGAAGAAAUGAGUAAUGCAGUCUGGGAAUGUGAAGCAUUGUUUUCAACAGAGAAUUACCAAGUAUUUAGUGUGUCCAUCUACAGGCUCCGCCUCUAAAGCUCAGCUGUCCAGUUAGGGAUGUGACUUAGCAAAGAGCAGACCCAAACGGAGUUGAAUGAGGUAGUGUGUGUAAAGGAUGGUGCAGAGUCCAAACAGCACUGGGCAGUAACUGUAACUGCUUUAGAUACUUGUCAGCCUUAAUAAACCAGAGAAGAAUUUGAACACUGGGCAGGUUUUUUUUCUUUUUUCUUCCCUUGAUUAUUUACACGUACACUGAUGGUUUCAAGCGCUCUGUACUCUGAGGCUUGUCUGCUUGGAGAUAUCACUAGGGUGUUCUGGACUCUUGAAAAUAGGAGUAAGGGGCUCCACAGAAUGCACAUUGUGCUGCAGAAUUGUGCUCCAGAAUCUAACUCUAAAAGAAAUAUUUUUAUAUGAAACUGUCCCUACCCAUCUUCCAAACCCUCCAGCUUCCCCUAGGACAACUUAGUUCCAUGUUUUAAUACAAAAGUCUGCAGUAUAUUGAACCAUGAAGAAAAAAAUAGGAGCAGUGUAAGAAUUUGAAUUCAGUAUCAAAUUUUCUUAGGUACAUUGUCUGGUGUCAGCCAUGCAGAUCAGCUGUGCUCUCUAAGCCAGGAUUAUGAGAGGAUUCAUCACAGGUCAGCCUACUUCUCUUGGUAAGAGAGACAGGCUUUCAGCCCCACAGAGCUCUUCUUCUGGCAACAGUCUGUUCCACUCUGCAUUUAGCUGUGACGCUGGGAGUACCUUUCCCACACCUGUGGGGCUCAAAAUCUUCUCACUCUCAGCAACGAAAGUCGGUCUAAUAAAAGAUCUUGCAUCCCGCA